AUGGCGAGCCUGUCGGCCAGCGAGACCGAGUUCCUGGCGGAGCAGGAGCUCAUCGCCAUUCUGCCGCACUUCCACCUGCGCGACAACAAUGGCAUGCUCAACUUCAUUAGCGGCGACUUUGGUCCGUUCCAGCCGGGUAUCACCACGCACGUGCCCCUGUGGCUCGCCAUCAUGCUCAAACAGCUCAACAAGUGCCGCAUCUUGGCGCCGUCGUGGCUCUCAGUCGACUACUUGAUGUCACGGCUGGAGCGCGAGAAGGCCAGUGACGCAUUCGAAGAGCUUCCCUUCCACUACUUGGAAGUGGCGUCUCUGUUGCUGAAGAAUGCCCCGGAGGACCUGGAUCAAGGUGAACACUUGCGCUCACUGCUGGAAGACCUGCAGAAUGUGCGUCAGGACAAAAUCCGCAACGGUCUGUCCAGAAUCGCCGGUGACGUCGUUCAGAGCGGUGGCUCCGCUUCCGUCAUUCAGAUGAACAACAUCUCUGCGCUCGAGAUCAAUUCGGUUCGGGAGUUCAUGAUUGGGUCACUGAACCAAUUCUACCGGCUCUCGCGACUCAACGCGGAAGACGACGAGGAUCUCUCCCAGUCGCAGUCGCAAUCCCAGACCCAGAACUAUUCGGAGCCGCCCUCAGGUAUGUUUGCUAACAUCGUGGUAGUUCGACGUCAAGGAGUGUUCUAA